AUGUUUCGAAGUAGUGUUUUACUAUUAAGACGUUGCCAAAAUCUUAAUUUAACUGAUAUUUAUCUAAGAAAUAAUGGACUUUCCAUUGCCAAUAAAUUUUUAAAAACUCAAAAUUAUUGCAACCAAAUUUAUUUAGAAAAUAAGUUAGGAAGUGCUAAUGAAGAGAAACAAUCAGUUCCUUUGGGCAAAUUGGAUGGAAAAUUAUAUUUAGGAUUCACAUGCAAAGUUUGCAACACAAGAAACGCUAAAUACAUUACAAAAGUAGCUUAUGAAAAAGGUGUGGUUAUUGUUAAAUGCACAGGCUGUGAUAAUAAUCAUUUAAUAGCCGAUAAUUUAAAAUGGUUUACUGAUUUAAAUGGAAAAAGAAAUAUAGAAGAGAUUUUAAAUGAAAAAGGGGAAACUGUACAAAAAAUUAGUAUGGGUGAUUGUAUAGAAGCUAUAAAAAAAUAA